AAAGUCAGUUUGGUUUGUCAUUAGAGAAGAGAAGGGAUGUUAUUCAAGAUUAAUCAUUGCAGUAAAGGGAAAAAAUGAUCGAUCAGAAUCGGAUCAUGGAGAGAGUGUCAGGUUCAGGCACUAACGGAAAAGGAUACGCGUGGGCUGUUUCUGCUGGAUUUAAUGCCGCUCUUGCAGCCAUUUCCGUAAAGCUCCCUCUUCAACAGUUUCUCAGAUACGGGAUGGUGUUAUUGUUCAAUGUAACGAUGUGGGCUUGUUAUGUCAAUAGUCUUAAGGCUCUCUCUUCUCUUCAGGCAACUGUCACCAAUUUCGCUACCAAUUUUAUCUCUUCCGGUUUAGCAGGUUUCUUCCUUUUUAGGGAAUCACUCUCUUUCCAGUGGUUUGCAGGUGCCAUACUUAUAAUAAUUGGUGUAGUAAUACUUAGCAACUCAAGUAUUGAGGAGAAGGUUAACACAGAUUAGGUGUUAAGAGUUCAGCAUGAUACCUUUUAAGGUUUGCUUGUUGAAGACGGAGGCUAGCAUCUUCAGCUGCAUGGAAGCAUGUUUUGGACUAGAACUUUGAAAUAUCAGUAGUAGUAGUAGUAAAGUUAGGUAGUUUACAGAGCUGUUCACUUGACAUGAAACAAACACAGCAAUAUCGCUUCUUGCCUUCGCCUAUUUAAUAACUCUUGUUAUAUGUCAUUCAGGUUCAGGCAGUUAUUAGAAGCAAGCAGCUUUUAGUUCCAUCAUUUCUUCCUUAAAUUUAGUUUUGUAUUAUGAUCGCAAGGUUCGAUCUGCUAUAGAUUUCUGAAUGUUCAAAAUUCAUCUGCAACUACAAGUUUUCUUGCUGAUCGAUCUAGAUCUCCAUUUCUUUCAUGAA